UCUGUCGUCUCCUCAAUCUCCGGAACCCUUCUCCCUCUCUCUCUCUCUCUCUCUCUCUCUCUCUCUCUCUCGCAUCCACACAACAUCACAGUAAACCCAUACAAAAUCCUAGCAUCCAUCGAACAUCACAAUAAACCCAGACAAAUAUUUAAACGCCAAUGAGUGGAGUGCUCAGGUGACAAACUUAAGCCGCCAAACAACUCAUUUCAAUCCUUCUAAGAUUCAGGUAUUGGUGAAAAAAUGGCCUCAAAUGCAACAGUCCAAUGUCCGCCACCCAUGAAGGCUACAUCUAAUGGGGCCUUCCAGGGAGAUAAUCCUCUUGAUUAUGCACUUCCUCUUGCCAUUUUGCAGAUAUGUAUGGUGGUUGUUCUCACCCGACUGCUUGCUUAUGUUCUUAGGCCAGUAAGACAACCUCGAGUGAUUGCUGAGAUUAUUGGAGGAGUUUUACUUGGGCCAUCAGCUCUGGGACGCAAUACGGAUUAUUUAAAUGCAGUUUUUCCAGCCAAAAGCCUCACUGUGCUUGAUACUCUAGCAAAUUUUGGUCUGCUCUUCUUCCUAUUCUUGGUUGGCCUUGAGCUAGACCUGAGAACCCUCCGUCGUACAGGGAAGAAAGCCUUGAGCAUUGCUGUAGCAGGAAUCUCCUUGCCCUUCAUUUUAGGAAUUGGAACAUCAUUUGUUCUCAGACGAACAAUUUCAAAAGGUGUAAAUGAAGGUCCAUUUCUUGUGUUCAUGGGAGUGGCACUUUCCAUUACUGCCUUCCCUGUAUUGGCUCGUAUCCUGGCCGAGCUCAAGCUUUUAACCACUGAUGUUGGCCGAAUGGCCAUGUCUGCUGCAGCAGUCAACGACGUGGCUGCAUGGAUUCUGCUUGCUCUCGCCAUUGCCCUCUCUGGCACGGGCCAUUCACCCCUUAUUUCUCUGUGGGUGUUCUUGUGUGGGUCUGGUUUUGUUCUUUGUUGCACAUUUGUAAUGCCACCUAUAUUCAAAUGGAUGGCACGUCGAUGCCCCGAGGGUGAGCCAGUGGAUGAAAUGUACAUUUGUUCUACUUUAGCAGCAGUUUUAGCCGCAGGAUUUGUCACUGAUACUAUUGGAAUCCAUGCCCUUUUCGGGGCUUUCGUGAUGGGAGUUCUAGUCCCAAAGGAAGGGCCAUUUGCGGGGGCUCUCGUGGAAAAGGUUGAGGAUCUUGUUUCUGGUCUUUUCCUUCCAUUGUACUUUGUCUCAAGCGGAUUGAAGACCAAUGUGGCCAGUAUUCAUGGGGCUCAGUCUUGGGGUCUGCUUGUUUUGGUCAUAUUUACAGCCUGUUUUGGCAAGAUCGUGGGUACAAUUGUGGUCUCACUUUUGUGCAGAGUGCCUUUUAAGGAGGCUUUAGCUUUGGGGAUUUUGAUGAACACUAAAGGCUUGGUGGAGCUCAUUGUCCUCAACAUUGGGAAGGACAGAGGGGUGUUGAAUGAGCAAACAUUUACUAUCUUGGUUCUGAUGGCACUCUUCACAACCUUUAUCACCACUCCUUUAGUCGUGGCAGUAUAUAAGCCUGCCAAAACUAUAAGCAAAACUGAAUACAAGCACAGAACGAUUCGUAGGAAAGAUACAGGUACACAACUCCGAGUGAUGGUCUGUUUCCACAGUACGAGGAAUAUUCCUUCAUUGAUUAAUCUCAUCGAGGCUUCGCGAGGAAUGGGGAAAAAGGAAGUAAUUUGUGUCUACGCAAUGCACCUUAUGGAGCUCUCCGAAAGGUCAUCAGCAGUACUUAUGGUUCACAAGGCAAGAAGGAAUGGCCGGCCAUUUUGGAACAAAGGGAGGGACUCUGAUUCCAACCAAAUUGUUGUUGCCUUCGAGGCUUUUCGACAUCUGAGCAAAGUCUCAAUCCGACCCAUGACUGCAAUCUCACCAAUGUCAAGCAUACACGAGGAUGUAUGUGCUAGUGCUGAGAGUAAAAGAACUGCCAUGAUAAUCCUCCCAUUCCACAAGCAUCAGAGGCUAGAUGGGCAAUUAGAGACGACUCGAGCUGAUCUCAGGUAUGUCAACAGGAGGGUUCUUGAGCAUGCACCAUGUUCAAUUGGUCUCUUUGUGGAUCGUGGGCUUGGUGGAAACACUCACAUUCCUGCAAGCAAUCUUGAUUCUGUUAUAGUUGUGCUUUUCUUCGGAGGACACGACGAUCAUGAAGCUCUUGCCUACGGUGCAAGAAUGGCCGAACACCCUGGCAUCAAUUUAAUUGUUGUCCGAUUCUUGGUUGAUUCCAAGGUUGUGGGGAAGGUUGUCAGUGUCGAUAUUACUGAAACCUUAACAGCAGAAACAAGGUCCGAGGAUGAAGAAAUCCUCGACGAUUUAAAGGAGACAAUGUCAAAAGAUGGCUCAAUCAAAUAUGAAGAGAGAGAGAUGACUAGUGCAGAAGAAACAGUUGAAGUUAUCAAGGAGUAUAGUCGUUGCAAUCUGUUUGUAGUUGGAAGAAUGUCCGAGGGGCAGUUAGUGGCAGCAAUGAACAAAAAAAGUGAGUGCCCAGAACUGGGGCCAGUGGGCAGCUUACUGACCUCACCUGAAUUCGCCACAACUGCAUCAGUUUUGGUGGUUCAACAGUACCGUAGUGAGUUGCCUCUACAGUCAUUAGCUUCCUUGAAAGAGCCGGAGUCCACGACCGAGGGCGAUGAUGAAUUUAACUGAUUGAGUUUUUCUCUCUUGGGGACUAUGGUUUGAUGUAUAGAAGAACAUUGUAAAAAGGAAACAAAAGGCAAAAAUAUAAUGCAGUUUCUGCUCAUUUUCUCACUCUUUUUCCCUUCUCUCUAGUGCAAUAUUGGAAGUUACCAAUGUAUUGCAGCCUGUAUUUCUCAGUGUUUCUUGCUGUACUAAGUCUCUGUUUAUUUUCUUUCUUGUAAAGCUCAAGGCAGAGUGGCCUCACAAAAAGAACGUAAAU